AGUUUCUUUAUAGUAUAACAUAAUAUUAUAAAAAUUUUAUUAUACAAAAAUAGCUUCAAAUACAUUCUAAUUUAAUUAAAUACUUAUUAUCAUUACAAUAAUUGAAACAGGAUCGAGAUCUCUUUAAUUACAGAUUCGCUUUUGUAGUGGAACGACUUAAUUCGCAUUACUUCUGGUUUACUUUUCGCAGUAUAAGCAGGCCGUAGGUCGCAGCAGCUGGAGCUCAUCUUUAUGCCACGACUAUUCGAGUGUAAAACGAACUCAAUUGAUAAUAGACGUACCACGUCCCAUGACAAAGGACAGCAAUGAAGAAGACGUUUGACGGAGAGAAUGAUCUACUUACUCGGGCCAAAAUAUUCCGGGGAAGAUCCUUCGUUCUUGAGAGUGGUCGACGCGAAUAGCGUCCAAUGGUCGAGGUAGACUAGCUUAGGAGGUACGGGAGUGGACGUUGGAUCCUUCGUCACGCAUCAGUACCAAGUUAGAUGAGUACUCUCCUCCUCUGAGCUUUUCGCGGUCCCACUAUAUAAACUAAUAGCCCGGUCUAGCACGAAUGUCAGUUAACAUAUUAUUGGCCAAGAGAUCGGUCGUGAUUGCAAGAUAAGCGGAGUUUUCGAGAUAAAACGUGAUUAUAGAGUGUGUUAUAAAAAAAUAUAAAAAAGGAAUAAAAGAAGCAUCUAGAUGCUAACAAGAUGUUACUGCUGUACAUAUUAUUCUUUCUAUCAGUGCUCGUCACAGCACAGGGAUCACAAUCAAUGAACACACUGGAUAGAGAGAUACUGCGGAACGACUCUAAAAGCUCUUUAGAUCGGAUUGGUGAAAGCUUUUUGAACGGCAUUGAAACACUUUUUCCAGUUUCGAAAGCGUAUGCUGUAGAAGGGCGUAAAGAUAAGAAAUUAAAAAAAUUGAAUAAGUAUGUUCUGCCUUUAAUCAUUGGAUUUUUGCUGAUAAAAUCUAUUUUAUUGCCUAUCACGUUAAAGGCAUUGGCUAUUCUAAGUGGAAAAGCUGUUGUGCUGAGUUUGAUGAGUUUGAUCCUGGCAGCUAUAGUUGGAUUAAAAAAGGUGGCCCAAAAGGACAGCGACUACGAACACAACAAGCAUAGACGACAAGAUGUAUAUGGUUUUAUUGGUAAUGUGCAAGAAUUCGAACCUUAUCGAAUUUAUAAAGAACGACGCAGAAAGAAGUAGUGAAAAGAAAUUACAUUAAUGGACAAUAAAAUUAUUUGUUUGUACUUCGAUUAUCUUUUUUCUUAUAGUAAUGUUUGUUGUAAGAAAAUAAUUUUUACUUUAACUUUAAAUAAUUUUGAAAAGAAUUGUUAAGUAUGUCAAUGUAUGUAAAGUUAAGAACUAAAUGUAAUUAUUUGUAGCCUUUUUAAUUUUUUCUUUGCUCUAUUUAUUUAUUAUUUUAAGUUUAGUUAUAAGAUUAAAAUGUAAAAUCAAUCACUGUAAAUAUAAUAAAUUCAAAGAAGCAUAAUUUAUAUACCGUUGUCAUAUAUAAUAUUGUAAAAGUUCCUUUCUUAUUUGUAUUAAUAUCAAUAAAGAAUUUUACCAUAGAAAUAAUAAAUAAGCUAUGUGCUUGCGUUAAUUGUGUUAAAUGCGAUAACUGACUGGUGAAAGUAAUCAAAAUUUAUAAAAUUCACAAACGGAAACAUAUAAUUGCUGAAAUUUAUAUAAUUCAAUUAUAUUUAAUUUACUUUACAUCUCGACAAUAGCUCUACAUCUCUUAAUUACGAUUGCAAUGUUGUUAACAAAAUUUUUUUUUAAAGUAAUCUCAAUGUAUAUAUCUUGACUCAUUUCACUAGCAUGAUGUAAGAAAGAGAGAAAGUUUCUUGAUUCCGUGGGGAACUAGUUUGUAGAUAUCUAUUUCUCUCUUCGUAACUAUCAAAGUUAAAUUAUUCAGUUAUGUAUAUAAAUAUGUUUUUAAUAAAAAUUUUUAAUUGUUAUAAUUACAAUAAGCUUAUAUAAUCCUGUAUAAUAAAACAUAAAAAUAAAACAUAAAUUUUAUUAUUAAAUCUGAAGAAAUCAAGUAUUAUAACUAUUACAAAAAAUUUAUUAAAUGUAAUAUUUGUAAAUAAAAUAGGGAGUAUUAACAUAAUCAAUUGCACAACAAAAGAUUGAGAGAAAGCAAGAAAAAGAAUGUUCUUCACGUCAUUCGUACAAACCGGAAAGAAAUAAAGAUAAGACCCUGGAAUUGACCUGAAUGUAAGUCAUCGACCUUCGAUUCUCUAAGUUUUAUGAAAUUUGAAAUGUUUUUAAAGGGCUUUUAUAUUUUAUUUUAAUUUAAUAAUAUAAAUUAUAUUAUUUUAUCAUAUAAGUAUAAAAAUAAAGU